AUGACGAUUGGCGCGCAUGAGCCCACGGCAGCACAAGCGCUGGGGACCCGACUCGCUGGGAGACUUGACAGGCUAAGGACCUCCUCUCCAUCCCAUCACUACCCUCUGGACUUGACCACAAUCUUCACCAGACCGUACGCUGACCAGCCAGCCAUCGUUGUCCAGUCCGACCUCACCGUCGUCGCCGAGGUCAAGGUCGAUUUUGACGCUGACUUUGGCUCCAAGUACAACAUCACAAAAGGCGUCCUCACCAACGACGCCGAACAUGAGGUCUUCGCCCCCGUAGCCCUCUUCCUCGAGGCCCUCGACCUUGCCCUCGACCGCCUGCGCGAGACGAGCCCCGACAGCGUGGCCCGCAUCAAGGGCAUCUCCGGUUCCUGCCAGCAGCACGGCAGCACGUACUGGUCCGCCGAGGCCGAGGCCCUGCUCGCCAACCUCGACCCCGCCAAGGCCCUCGUCGACCAGCUCGCCGAUGCCUUCUCCCACCCCUACGCCCCCAACUGGCAGGAUGGCAGCACCCAGGCCCAGUGCGACCGCUUCGACGAGCACCUCGGCGACGCCCAGCGUCUGGCCCACGUCACUGGCAGCGCCGCCCACCACCGCUUCACCGGCACCCAGAUCAUGCGCCUCCGCGAGAAGCGGCCCGCCAUGUACGCCGCCACCGCCCGCAUAUCGCUCAUCUCCUCCUUCCUCGCCUCCCUGCUCCUGGGCCGCAUCGCCCCCUUCGACAUCAGCGACAUUACGGGCAUGAACCUCUGGGACAUUCCCUCGGCUGCCUGGUCCGACGAGCUCCCACGUCGCAUCUACCUCGUCGGCGGCGGCUCGCUGAACCCGGCCAUCGGGCAGGUGCUGGGCGAGGUCCUCGGCGGCGCCGAGGGCGUCUACAGGCUCGACGUCGGCGGCAACGCUUGCGCGCUCGGCGGCGCCUACAAGGCCGUCUGGGCGCGGGAGAGGAAAGAGGGCGAGACGUUUGACGAGCUCAUCGGCGCCAGGUGGAAGGAGGACGAGGCUGUCGAGAGGGUCGACAUCGGGUACAGGAAGGGCAUCUUUGAGAGGUAUGGAGAGGUCGUUGAUUCGUUUGAGGAGAUGGAGAAGAGAAUUCUCCAGGUUGCGAAAAACUGA